CUCUACCAUGCUUCAGGAACUCUCCCUCUUCCUCGGACUCAGUCUAGGGAUCCAGUGGGUCCUCUGGGCGGUCGCAGCGCUACUCCAGACAGAGAAGUUCUAUGACUUGGCAGGAAGUGGAACUUUCAUUCUUUUGUCACAUCUCAGCCUGAGAUGGUCAGGAACAAGCUAUUUGCGCCAGAAGAUUCAGACUGGGUUAAUCACAGUAUGGGGAAUCCGCCUCGGAACAUUUUUGUUUCUAAGAAUUCUCCGAGAUGGCCAUGAUAGAAGAUUUAAUAAAGUACGAGAUAAUCCAGGGACAUUUCUGGUUUAUUGGACAGUUCAAGGUGUCUGGAUAUUUGUUACAUUGUUGCCAUCGUUAAUGGUAAACCUUGAGAAAAGAAACAAGCCCCUGGGAAUAGUUGACUAUUGCGGUUGGAGCUUGUGGGCAGUUGGAUUUCUUGUGCAGGCCAUUGCUGACCAGCAGAAAUUGAAUUUUAAGAGUGACCCCGACAAUGCUGGAAAAUUUAUUCAGAGUGGUCUCUGGGCAUACAGCCGUCAUCCAAACUACCUGGGAGAGAUCUUACAGUGGAGCGGCCUCUUCCUCUCUUCAUGUUCAGUGCUGAGGGGUUACCAGUACAUGAGUGUCAUAUCCCCAAUAUUUGUGUGGUUCCUGCUCAGUUAUGUCAGUGGUAUUCCCAUUCUAGAAAAACAAGGCCUGAAAAGAUGGGGAGAAGACCCAGCAUAUAAGAGUUACAUCCAGCAAACACCAGUGCUCUGGCCAUUUAAGCUCUGA